GUGGGGGAAGCCCGGGAGUAGGACCAGAGCUGUGAGCACUGCACUGGAGACAGGACAGAGGACCCAGCCUGUGACCAGCUGUGGAAACCCAGCCAGGCUUGCAGGGGAGCCAAGCCACCACUCCAUUCUUCCCUGUUUCCUACUCCUGUGUGGGAUCUGAGGGAUUUCUAGGACCUGUUCCCCCUACUCUCUGGGCAGACCAUAGAACUCAGAAGCUGGGGUCCUUGCCUGCCCACUUUAGAACGAGGCCAUAGCUCCUGGGACUUAGGGGCUUCAGCUCGUGGAGAUGCCAGCAGCCCGUCGAUUUCCUGGCCUUGAGCUCUCCUUCCCUCUCCUGGCCAGACUGCGGCGACGACUGUAUACAAGGCUGGGGAGCAGCAGCAUGCAGCCGGAGGAGGGAACAGGCUGGCUGCUGGAGCUGCUGUCUGAGGUGCAGCUACAACAGUAUUUCCUGAGGCUCCGAGAUGACCUCAACAUUACCCGCCUGUCUCAUUUUGAGUAUGUCAAAAAUGAAGACCUGGAAAAGAUUGGCAUGGGCCGGCCUGGCCAGAGGCGGCUAUGGGAGGCUGUGAAGAGGAGGAAGGCCAUGUGCAAACGCAAGUCAUGGAUGAGCAAGGUGUUCAGUGGAAAGCGGCAGGAGGCUGAGUUCCCUUCCCAUCACUCUCAGAGCACCUUCCGGAAGCCCUCCCCCACCCCAGGGGGCCUGGCAGGGGAGGGGACCCUGCAGAGCCUCACCUGCCUCAUUGGGGAGAAAGACCUGCGCCUGCUGGAGAAGCUGGGAGAUGGCUCCUUUGGCGUGGUGCGCAGGGGUGAAUGGGAUGCCCCUGCAGGGAAGACGGUGAGUGUGGCCGUGAAGUGCCUGAAACCUGAUGUGCUGAGCCAGCCCGAGGCCAUGGACGACUUCAUCCGGGAGGUCAAUGCCAUGCAUUCGCUAGACCACCGAAACCUCAUUCGCUUGUACGGUGUGGUGCUCACACCACCCAUGAAGAUGGUGACAGAGCUGGCCCCUCUGGGAUCCUUGUUGGACCGGCUACGCAAACACCAAGGUCAUUUCCUCUUGGGGACGCUGAGUCGCUAUGCCGUGCAGGUGGCUGAGGGCAUGGGCUACCUGGAGUCCAAGCGCUUUAUUCACCGAGACCUGGCUGCUCGAAAUCUGCUUUUGGCCACCCGUGACCUGGUCAAGAUUGGGGACUUUGGACUGAUGCGAGCUCUGCCCCAGAAUGAUGACCACUAUGUCAUGCAAGAACAUCGCAAGGUGCCCUUUGCCUGGUGUGCCCCUGAGAGCCUGAAGACACGGACUUUCUCCCAUGCCAGUGACACCUGGAUGUUUGGGGUCACACUGUGGGAGAUGUUUACGUAUGGCCAGGAGCCCUGGAUUGGCCUCAAUGGCAGCCAGAUCCUGCAUAAGAUUGACAAGGAAGGGGAGCGCCUGCCCCGGCCUGAGGACUGCCCCCAGGACAUCUACAAUGUCAUGGUCCAGUGCUGGGCCCACAAGCCAGAGGACAGACCCACAUUUGUGGCCCUUCGGGACUUCCUGCUGGAGGCCCAGCCUACUGACAUGCGGGCCCUUCAGGACUUUGAGGAGCCGGACAAGCUGCACAUCCAGAUGAACGACGUCAUUACUGUCAUUGAGGGAAGGGCUGAGAACUACUGGUGGCGUGGUCAGAACACACGGACGCUGUGUGUGGGACCCUUCCCUCGAAAUGUGGUGACCUCUGUGGCUGGCCUGUCAGCCCAGGACAUCAGCCAGCCUCUACAGAAUAGCUUCAUUCACACAGGGCAUGGCGACAGUGACCCCCGCCACUGCUGGGGGUUCCCUGACAGGAUCGAUGAACUGUACCUGGGAAACCCCAUGGACCCCCCUGACCUGCUGAGUGUGGAACUGAGCACCUCCCGACCCACCCAGCAUUUAGGACGGAUGAAAAAGCCAACAUACGACCCCGUGAGUGAGGACCCAGACCCCCUGUCCAGCGACUUCAAGAGACUUGGCCUGAGGAAGCCAGCCCUGCCCCGAGGGCUCUGGCUGGCAAAGCCCUCAGCCCGGGUGCCAGGCACCAAGGCAGGCCGCAGCAGUGGGGGUGAGGUCACACUCAUCGACUUCGGCGAGGACCCUGUAGCCCCAACCCCACGGCCCUGUGCACCUUCCUUGGCACAGUUGGCCAUGGAUGCCUGCUCCCUGCUGGACAAGACACCACCACAGAGCCCCACACGGGCACUACCACGACCUUUACAUCCUACACCUGUGGUGGACUGGGACGCUCGCCCGCUGCCCCCGCCCCCUGCCUACGAUGAUGUGGCCCAAGAUGAGGAUGACUUCGAGGUGUGCUCUAUCAACAGCACCCUAGUGAGUGCAGGCCUCCCUACCGGGCCUAGCCAAGGCGAGACCAAUUAUGCCUUUGUACCUGAGCAGGCCCAGCUGCCCCCUGCCCUGGAGGAUAACCUGUUCCUGCCACCGCAGGGUGGAGGCCAGCCACCCAGCUCAGCCCAGACUGCAGAGAUUUUCCAGGCACUGCAGCAGGAGUGUAUGCGGCAGCUACAGGUCCCCACUGGCCAGCUGACCCCGUCCCCCCUCCCAGGAGGUGAUGAGCCCCAGGUGCCACCCCCGGUGCCUAUUUCCCCACGCCCACGUGUGGGACUAUCUCCAACUCCUUAGGUGAGGGAAGAGGCAAGUGGGUGGCCUGGACCGCCUCCCCUCCCCCGAGUGCCUCCCGGGGAACCCCUAUCUCAGGGUCGAGGACCCCCAAGCCCCCUAGUACCACCUGGCAGCUCCCCACUACCGCAUCGGCUCUCGAGCUCACCUGGAAAGACCAUGCCCACCACCCAGAGCUUUGCCUCAGACCCUAAGUACGCCACUCCACAAGUGAUCCAGGCUCCUGGCCCACGGGCUGGCCCCUGCAUCCUGCCCAUUGUCCGCGAUGGCAGGAAGGUCAGUAGCACCCCAGCUGCUGAUGACCCUCCCUACCUCGAAGGCCACUGGCGCUUCUUGAAGAGGCCCAGGAGCUAGGAGGAGCCUGCCGCCCCUGCCUGCUCACUGCUGCGGCUUAGCACUCCAGCGCCCUGCUGCACUGCCACCGUCCGACCUAUGCCCUUCCUCAGGGCUGCACAGGCAAAGGCCAACUUUCUCCACCUGUGCAACCCAGGAGCGCAGCCACCAUCCCUGAGGGCCAGUGCACGGCUGCCGCAGAGGGGCUGCCCAGGGGAUGGGCAAGAGGCUGCCCGGCCAGCAGACAAAGUCCAGAUGGCCAUGGUGCAUGGGGUGACCACAGAGGAGUGCCAGGCGGCCCUGAGGAGCCACAGCUGGAGUAUUCAGAGGGCUGCCCAGUAUCUGAAGGUGGAGCAGCUCUUUGGGCUGGGUCUUCGGCCACGGGUGGAGUGCCACAAAGUACUAGAGAUGUUCGACUGGAACCUAGAGCAAGCCGGCUGUCACCUUCUGGGGUCCUGUGGCCCUGCCCACCACAAGUGA